AUGCUUUACAUAAUUUUGUUAUUAAUUCUUUUGUUAAUGUUGUUACUUUACAAGUACGGAAACGUAUUACUCAUACAUUUUCCAUCGUUUAACCGAAGAUAUCAAAGGUUACCAGCGAUCUUUUCGACGGCAUCAUCAUCAUCAUUUCAAAAUGAUAUCGAAGAUGGAUUAACUUCCGAAUCAUUUGACCUCCAACAAAAUAUCAAUAGUGGGGAUGAACGUUCAGGAUUAGGGGAUACGGAUGAGAUUAGACAUAUCAUGGAAACCCAUGGAUUAACUUUUGAUCAAGCCCGAUUAUAUAGAAUGCAAAAUAAAUUUAAAACCAAUAAUAUUGAUCCACAGACGGGAGUACCGAAGGAUCCUAAAUUGGUUACUUUUUCUUAA